UUCCGAAUAAAACCAUUUCCUACUCCAGUCCGAUAUCCCCACAACCAUGUCGGCAUAUACGAAGGCCGUUGGAGGCAAGCUUCAGCUGAAGGGAGGCAUCGAUCUGUCGCUCAAGAAGAAGAAGACUAAGAAGAAGACGAGGAAAGCGGAGACGAAUGCAAGUGCACGCAGCGACGACGAAGACGACUUCCAACUGAUCAAGCUUCAGGGUACGGGGCGUAUCCUCACGUCUGGAACGACUGUGAUGGGCAAGAUGGGCACGAAAUUCUUCCACGAGUUGUCGAUUGGAGACGCUUUGAUCAUCAAUCACCCCACGUCGUUGAAAGAAGAAACCCGCAUUGUGAAGAUGGUACUAAGCGACGUUUCUGUCUCGAUCAGUUCGCCAUUCAGUUCCGAUUUAGUCUCCACGACCACCUUUUGGUACAUCAAGGCCCCUCCAGAAGAAGUCGAUAAGGACGCUGUCGAGUCGAAGAAACGAAGCAAGAAGAACGAUGAAGAGGCAUCGGCGUUUGGCACGUACGCAGGCGGCACCACUGCCGGCACUGAGUUCACUUACCGCGUCAAGAAGGCCGGCGUAUACGGCGGCUACGCAAUCAUCAAGGAGACGGCUGACGCGAACCGGUCACGGGAGGAGCUUCUCGACAUUCGCAGCAAGCGAAAGGGUGAUCGCCACUGCAAUUAGGUCAACUUGGUUUUCAGCAAACAGUUGGUGUUUUGAUCCAAUUUUCGCUUUUCCCAUACAAUUGCAAGCGUCUGGGCUCAGAGUUUUGAGCAAAAUUAGAGUUUUCGCUUCAGUAGCCCAGCAAAAAAAUCAAACGAGUUGCCGUCGGGGUACAG